AAAUGGUGAGGUCAGCUUCAAACUUCUUGUACAAAGCCACCAAACAUCGAGCUUAUUUCCGAGAUGUGAAAAUCCUAUUGCCCAUCACCUGGAGUUCACAGCCCCACUAUCAGAGACCGAGCACCCAGUCUUAUGAAAAGGCUAAUGUGAUCAUUGCUAACCCACAUACUCAGUAUGGAGAUGACCCAUACACUCUGCAGUAUGGCCAAUGUGGUGACAAGGGCCGGUACAUUCACUUUACCCAAAACUUCAUGCGAGAUGACGCUCUGAUCCAAGUUUAUGGUGAAAGAGGUAGUGUAUUAGUCCAUGAAUGGGCUCACCUUCGGUGGGGAGUGUUUGAUGAAUACAAUGACCUGGCACCCUUUUAUGCUGUUGGCGAUACAUAUGAGGCAACCAGGUUGGCUAUUCUUCAAUUCUGAUGGCAGAGCUGUUUU